GGCUAUGUUUGUUGACAAGAGCCAGCUCAAAGAGGGACUCUCUCGCUCUCGCAUCAAGCAAGCAAUGUCGUCCAGAUAUUUUAAUAUCUCCAAAGCUAAUCGUAUCCUUGGCUACGAAGCACGCGUUGGGCUUGAAGAAGGCAUAAAACUCAGCCUUGCCGCAAUCAAGUCCAAUUAAGACUAUAUCCCUUUGGCAAAUACAGUAAUUAACCAUGUUAUUUCUCGGCUGCAACCCCGGACUUGCCAUUCUAUGUAUUCAUGUCCGUUAGAAGGGGAAAAAGUGAUGACGAGCCAUUUGAAAAUUUCUAAUAAUGCCUUUAUGAGAAUGAUGCACACAGACCACCCAACUAAACGGGUCGUUCUCAGUUUAUCCCAUCCCACCUCAACUGACCACGACCGGCUUUUCUAUAUUAAAAAAAAUAAAUCUUUUAAUCGCUUUCUCUUCUUUCUCUUCUCUAUUCAACUUGGUCGGAUGCGGUAUCAUGAGGUAGAAAUCGAUCGUGGUAAAGAUAGAUUUACCAUUCGCAAUAAGUAUCGGUUUGUUCGAAAAAUCGGUUCAGGAGCAUACGGAACCGUCUGCAGUGUAGUCAAUAUCUACACAGGCGAUGUCAUUGCCAUCAAAAAGGUGCAUCACAUAUUCGACAGGAAACUCACAACCAAGCGAUGCUUAAGGGAAAUCAAGUUACUUCAACAUUUCAACGGCCACCCGAGAAUCAUUGAUAUCCGAGAGCUGGAUAUCGUCGAUCACACCAAUUUUAAUGAAAUCUAUUUGGCUCAGCAGUGCUGUGAUACAACCUUGGCCGAUGUGAUCCAUUCUUCCCAACCUCUCGAAGAAGUCCAUUUUCAAUGGUUUCUAUACCAAAUCCUCACCGGCUUAAAAUAUAUUCACUCUGCCGACGUUUUACAUCGAGAUUUGAAGCCUGCCAACAUACUGGUCAAUCAAAAUUGCGAUAUCCGGAUAUGCGACUUUGGCAUGGCACGAGGUCAUAUCGAUGACCAAAAUUACGAAUCAUGGAAUUUAACCCAAUACGUUUCCACACGAUGGUAUCGGGCGCCGGAAAUCAUGCUGAGUCGCAACAGUUACAACAAGUCCAUUGAUGUUUGGUCUUUGGGCUGUAUAUUUGGCGAGAUGUUGGGACGAAAAGUCCUUUUUAAGGGUUCGGAUUACGUCGAUCAACUGCAUAAGAUUGUUGCUAUUCUAGGCCUGCCGCAAGAUACCAGUUUUUGGAAUACCAUGGCAUCCCCCACCGUCAUUGAAUAUAUUCACAACCUUCGCAGCCCCGACGGCAGUCCUCCACCCACUGACCCGGUUGAUUUCCAAUCCUUAUAUCCCCAAUGUUCAACGAAUGGCAUCAAUAUCUUGACGCAAAUGCUCCAUCUAGACCCAGCUAAGCGAAUCACCGUCGACCAAGCGCUUAGACAUCCGUAUCUAGCCGACUUCCGUGACCCUGGAGAAGAAUACGACUGUCCUCGGUCAUUUGCUUUUGAGCCGUUCGAGAAAGUCGAUUCCAUUGACGAGCUUCGCGAGCUCAUCGUGAAGGAAGUGCAUGCCUUUGAGGCCAAUAGAAGUAUCAGCAGCAUGAGCACAGGCAGCAGUUACAGUCGGCGGCGGUACACUGGAAGUAGUAUUGCCACGCGGCGCUCAACCCAGUUGGCUGAGGCCAAUGAACAGGCGGCAGCGUCCAUCAACGAGAACGCUUCCCUUUUCACCAAUCAAUCCCAUCUGGUCGGUGAGCCAGAAGACAUGAUAGAAUCCGACGGCGAAGAACCACCGCCGCGUCGAAUCGUCGGCCCUUCGCACGCUGACGUCCAUGCUAUCGAACGCCAAUUGAGCGGAAUAUGGUAGUUUCGAAAUGCACAGGCAGACGUUUUUAGGCUGGCUGGGGUGUGAGGUUUUAUUACAGAAAAAUAAAUUGCUAGGAACGGGAGAGAGGUGGUCUUUUUUCCUCCUUUAAUGGCUUAUUGGUUUUAGUGGGUUUUUUGUUGGUUCUUUUCGCAAGUGAGUGAAU